AAUUAUUUGACAAAUAACAAACUUUUGAAAAGAACAGAAAAAUGAAUCAAUAUAUGUUACGCUAAUGAUUUUAUAGGCACCUGUUAUUGCUUGCAAGACAUUGGCAAGGGCGCUAAGAGGUUUUAAGAAACUUAGAUAAAGCUGAAGACGAGGGAUACUUUUGUGACCACGCCCUUAGCUUGUAAUGCAUUUCGGAAUUUUUCGGAAACCCCAAAAUUAGAAAACACAGAUUGUGCUUCCUUUAAGCAAAGGGGGCAGUGUAUGGGGUAGCUUUAGUAGUAGGAAAACAUUAUCAAAAGGAGUUAUACAGGGGUCCGUACUUGGCCCCCUCUUCUCUGUUUCUCCGCUCGGCUCCUGAAACUUCUCUAGGCUUCACCUACCCAACUUAAGAUAAUGAGCACAUUAAAGCUAUCUGCCAAAAGCAAAAGAAUAAGAUUAAGGUUUUUUCAAUAGUUUAAAAAAAUACUUGACCCUCAAAAGGCAAACCUGUUCUAUAACUCAUUUAUACUGACAAAUUCUAACCACUGUCCAUAAGUCUUGAUGUUUUGCGUAAAAAUAGUCCUCGUUGAAAUCCAUGGGGUUCAUAAGCGUGCCCUGAGUGUGCUGCUAAAUGAUUUUGACUCCAGUAUUGAAGAGUCACGGGAACAAGUAAGUCACAAAACAUGCAAAAAAUUGCAAAAACUUAUGCUAGAGAUACAAUUGCAUUAUUUGUGGGAUCUUCUCUUACCCCUCGAAGAUUUUCGAUAGAAAAGUGCUUUCGUAUACAGUAAAUUAAGAAUAAACGACCUUCUCCAAUUUCCUAAAACCAGGGCUUAAAAAGAUGGCAACGAGUCUCUUUCAUUGAGGGGUAGCAUAGUCAUGAAUCGGGUUCAUUGUUUCAUUUCAGGCAUGGGGACAGGGUUGUCAUUAUUAUUAUUAUUAUUAUCGCUUGAAUUCUAGUACAUUGCCCGAUGACGCAAUGUAAAGAAAAUGGCGGAAGCAAUCCGCUCUGAGAAAACAAGAAAAAAGGUUAGAAAGGCAAAGAAAGGCAACAAAGAUGUACAAGCGGCAAAAUGGCAUGUAGAUGAAAUCAACGAAGAUACUGAUCACAAAGAUGAAAAGUCAGAAUUUGAUGAUAGGAAGGAUUUCCGCAAAGAAUCGCCCAAUAAUGAUAAUGCUACCUCUAUGGAAUAUACAGAAUCUUCACCAAAUGAUGUUUCCAAAGAAAAUGCAGAAAUUGGGAAUGAUGAUAUCAUGAUUACUUCAAUGGCCGAUGAUGAUGCCAUCAAAGGCCAACUCACAAAAGAGAUAAAUCCCCCUGCUUCUAGAGAAGUACAUGAAGAAUCUAGUAAAAAUGUAGACAGAACCGAUGAAAGGCUUUGCUCUGCAACUGAAAGCAAUACAAAUCAAUUUGAAAGCAACAUUGCUGAAGAAUCAAUAAAAGUUACAGUUGAAAAUGGAAAGCUGUUGGAUGGUGCUUAUAAUAAAGAGCUUUUGGGGGAAAUAGAAACAGGCCACAAAUCUGAUGAGGUUGUAGCUGUCUCUGCCAAUGAACAUGCUGUAUUGGGUCCUUCCAUGAAAGAUAUUAGCCUAAAUGAGGCAACCACCUUAAUUGACCCUAUGGAACAAAGCCUUAUUGAAGAAAACAGUGAAAGUAAUUCUGCUGUUUAUGCACAAGAUCUUUCAUAUAAAGGAUCUACCAUAAGUGAACCUUCUAGAGUUAGACAAUUACCAGAUGUUAAGCUUAAGGAAACUCUGCCUAUUAUUCCAGUGCCAUCAAUAAUGGUAGAAGAACUCAGGCCAUUUACUGAGGAGCAGCUCAAAAUGUUUUACUAUAAUCCUGAGUUGGAGCAGAUUACGGUAUUCAUUGACCAAUUUUUACAGAAUGUUGUCAAGGAUACACAUGAGUUUUAUGAUCUAGUUAACACCCAUUAUAAAUGCCGGCUUCACUUAUUGAAAAUUAUGGAUCAAAUCAAGGCCACAAGAUCUGGCAUCGCUUCCACAUGUGAAAACAUUUGGAUUACGAAAAAGGAAACAUUAGUUUUUGAGGGUUUUUGCCAAGAUCGGAAUCUUGUUAAGGAAACUGUUCACCAUGAAAUAGCUGAAUUCAACGAACAAGAAGCAUCAACAAUUAAUAGACACUUGAAAGAUUUAAGAAGCUUUGUUCAUGAGGACUUCCAGCUGUCAUCUUAUAACAGCCAGCUUGCAAAGAUUCGCGUGGAAUGCUAUAUACAUGAAAUGAUUGACAGCUCCCCGUUGUUUAAGGGUAUUACAACCCGGGAUCAGAUAUCAGCGGCAUUGCCAGGACGCCUUCAUAAGGACGAUCUUGAAAGGUUGUGUGACCUCCAGGAUGCAAUCACCAUACUUUUCUCAUUCAAAAGGCUAGGUGCAGUUGAAGAAGAAUUUUGCAAAGAUGUUGAUACAUGGCUUGUACGCCUUAUUUCAACCCUUCAAAGGGCGGGGGCGCUUCCUGACCAUUUCUUCAUCCUCAAUCAUGUUAUUCGAUGCCCUCCUGGCUCAAUUGUAUCAAUUGCCAGCUUCAUCCAGUUCCCAGAUUUCCAGUCAAUCGUCACGAACGAAGUUUGGAACUCGCCACUUGUCCAUCAUUUUGUUGUCAUGUUGGCAACCGUAGCACUUCCUAUCAAAGAAAGGUCUAGUUUUCUUAUGAAGUACAAGCAUUUAAUGAAGCCCACAACAAUGAGAAGUAUGAGCUGGACACUAGUAGAUGAAGACAGGGAGGAGGAUGAGAACCCUGAAGACACGUGGCACAUGCUAUUGGAAAACGAUCUUGUCGCGAUAUUUGAGCAGUUUCCAUUCGAGAAUCUUUUCCACUACUUACUUAGAAUGGAAACAGGGCAUGAUGAAAUAGGAUAUUCUGUAACGAACUCAACCAGUAAUGACAUUGUACACCUGUUGUCUUUUACGUCUUGCAUCGUAAAACUGCUCGGAAAACUCUUUGACACGUACAAUAUGCUGAGGUACCGCCAAUUCGUUAAGAGGAUCAGCAGAAUGAUCAGGUGGAUCGUUCAAAUCGUAUCUGACCACUGGUGUGCGUAUCGAAGCUGGAGAAUGGAAAUAUGCGGCGAUUCAGACAAAGAUAUUCCGAAGUUUUUGACGGUUGUGCCACAGUUUAGUCUUGAAAGGCUUCAGUUGGAAUUUGAUCAGUUUUUUGGUAAAGCUUCGGAGCAGAUACUCAACUCGCAGAGCACCAGUGCUUUGCAGUUCUUGGCAGCGAUGCCUUACGAGGCAAUAUCUACUAACGCUGCGUGGUCGCUGUUGAACAGGCUUGUACGCACACCUGUCAAUCAAAAUAGCCAAAACACAACGUAUUCUUCUGAGUUCCUGAGAAACGCAUCGAAUGCGUCUGGAGAAAUGGUGUUUUUCAUCACAUCUUUGUCCUUUAUGGCCAUAUCGCGUUCUACAGAUGACCAGGAAUUUAUUGAAUGUGCAGCGAAAUGCAUUGUUGAGAUCACUUAUAGUGACGAAAAAAUUAGAGAUUUCAACGAGCGGGAUUGCCGCGACUCGUUGGCAGCGAUUUCAUCUGCGCACCCUUUCGUCAUGUCAUCAUUACUACAUGAUAUCGGACAGCUAAUGGAAAAGCUUCAAAUGAGCUGUGUAUACCUUUUGAAAGCAUUGCCAUUUGACGUUUGGAUCCCAAGAGUGCCCGAUCUGGAGCUGCUUAGAUCGUGGUUAUUAGAGCACCCUCUUGAUUCUAUCAAAAGUAAAAUGGCAAGGGCUGUUUUUUCAAAAAUCAACUUUGACGUUAACCAGGAAAGCGGUGGCUUGUUUCUACCACAGAAGUACCACUUUUCGGUGGCUGUUAUGCUAGUCGAAGUCUUUGGCUCGUGUGUUCAAGACGGCCCCGGUGGACUUAAGACUUUGGAGUAUCAAAACAAUGACUUAAUAAGUCAGGUCAGUGCAUUAGCCUGCCAAUCAAUCAACAAGAUUCUAUACUCUAAAGUACAAGAUGAAUUCCUGAAAUGGUGCUGGGAUGUUCUACUGUCACUGAAACUGCAUUCAUUUGAUUUUGAUGCUGAUGAGAACGAUGAUCAGGACCGCCAUGUUUUGCUGGCUCUCGAUGAAAACAGGCCUAAUGACAGUGGAUCUUGGUUCGGCAAUGCACUGUCGUGUUUUACCAAAUUUGAUCCUGCAAAUACAGAUCUAGAGCAUUGCCCGGUCUUUUUGAAUGUGCAGAGAGCACUGGAUACCAACGGCUUGCUUGCUAGCUAUGUAGCUUUUUCGAUGACCUCCCUUGGACACAGCCCUGAAAGAUUCGUGGAGCAAGGAGUGAAGCUAAUGACAAGAAUUCUUGAGUCCGGUUGGGUAGAUGCCACUCUCCGGAUUCUGAGCAAUGUAGUACCGCUCUUUCUGAAGUGUCCGGAUAUGAUCCUGUCUUGUCAUGAUUUCUCGCAAAUUUUGGAUACGCUGGUUCAUUUAGAUGCCAAUAAAGCUGGUUACACAGAGAAACUAUGGCAAUACCCUGAGCCAGGCCUUCAUAGUCAGAUGCUUGCUUCAAUCAUCACCAACCAUGUCGUUGUUAUGUCAAAAAAGUCUGCAGAAACAUGCCAAUCGAUGAUAACUUUAUGGUUUUUAUUACUGAGCCAAACACAAAACUGGCAAAGGGAUUACAGUGUACAAAAUUUGCUGGAUCAUCUCUGCAAAGUUACCCAAAUGAUAUUUUCACAUAUGUAUAUCAUCGUCCUUCUUCUUCUGGAUAAAUUUCAGGCCUUGGUUAAGGCGCAGUCGAAUCGUGGCCUUCUCUCGUCAAUGAUGUCGUGGAUAUCGCCAAACGCACCCAUCACUCUUUUGGACAUAAAAAGUCAGCCUGACUACAGUUAUUACGCCUUUGCUGUUUUACAAAUGGAACAGAUGUAUGAAAGCAAAAUUGGUAUUAUGAAAGAAUUGGCUGUGAAAAUGGUAUUGGACAGUAACCUGCAAGUCGAUAUAGCAUACAAGAAAGCAGCUCCGCAUUUAACUGCCUCUUACUUACCACCGCUGCAAAAUCUGACAAUUUACCGAUGGGCUGAUCAGGGGAUGGCAACAGACUGUAAUCAUCCGUUGCUGCCAAUCAUUUGGCAACAGUUCUUCUUACUGUUUUUACAAAAGCAGAACACCGCCGAUGGGUUACCAAGCCGCCUUGGUAUUGGUGAUCGGUUUUUUGAAAAUGACCCCUACUCGUCAAUGGUCAAGAAAAUGCGUGCCCAUUUGUACAAGAUAGCAAGCCAUCACAAAGAAAAGAGCACUAAAGAGGUUGGUGACGAGGAUGGAGGGAAUACGUCAUCAGAUAUAAAAUCUCACAUUCAUGAUGAAACAAUGCAUGCGUCUCUUUCAAGUUUGUACCAAGCAAUGGCCCUGUGGCUUGAAGAACCUCGCCUUCAUGACCCGGACCUUUUUCUUAAUGCUUUACCGGAAAUAUACAAACCUGGCGAAUUAGAAAAAAUAUUUCAAGGUGACGACAGCUUAUGGUUGCACUUUGUUGAUAAAAGAUGCAUUGAGACAGAAGUGGGUUCUGUUCUCUCCAUGUGGACAAUGACAUUGAAUAAGUCGGGCAAAGCAAAACCGUCGGCCAGGAGUCUCGAAGAAACUCGGCAACAGCGACCGACUGCUAGUCAACGGAUCAUUAAAAGACUGAAUCGAGAAAAUAAGCCACAACCACCCUGUUCCAUUGAGGCAACUACCUCUCCGAUUCAAGAUGUUCCAAUGCAGCUGCUUCUUACUCGGCCUAGACUCAUUCAGGACUUGAACGACGAUUUGGAGAGAGUCUUGCUAUUUGCCAAGCGAAUGUGCAUUAAACUUGACGAACACAUUGCUUUGGAUGAGGAAUACUCCGAAGUGCUCUCUGAUCUUUAUGAUAAUAUGCUGGUACAAGAGAUUUUGCGCCUACCCUGUGAUGGUAAAAAACGACCGUGUGCUGGACCAGCCAAAGUAGUAGCUCGGUACCUUCAUAAGCACUUGAAGGAUCACAAUGCACGGAGGCUGGAAGAAAACCGCAACACGUGGGAAAAAAACCUUGAAGAGCUUACACAACCAGUCCCAUAUGAUCUCUGCACAGGAGCAGUUAAUGUGGAAAGAGUGAUUACGAAGCUUUUGAAAAGCUUGCAAUAUGCAAAUGCCAAUCAGAAAGAGAGCCUAGAAGAUGCAGGCAUUCAAUUGUUUUACCUCUUGGCGUCUCUAAUAAAUGGUGAUGUCAAAAGAUGUCACCCGGCUAUCCAGUUUUUUUCUUCAAGCACAGAGGUCCUCGGAAAAGAAAUGAUAGCUGAUAAUGAAAAGGAACAGCUACGGCUCAUCAAAACAAUCUUCUCGGAAGAAGCAACCGUCAGCUUCCUUGCGCCACAUUUCAGCCCCCACCACCGGCUACGAACAUUCUUAAAUUUGUAUGUCUCAGUGACAGAAUACUUUUCCCCAGAAACAAUAACGACGUCGUUUGUAUUGCUUUCGAAGUUUGACAUUAGAUCGUGGCUUUCAUUAGAGCCGGCAUUAUCAGAGCGCAUUUUCUUUGCUCGCACAAUAAUUGCAGCUGUCGCAAAGUUUGGCGUGGAGCCUACUAAUGAGCUAGAAAUGCUGUUUUGCCUCUACCGUUCUCAUUUCGUCUUCUUACUCAGUCAUAAAUUCCCAAGGCAAUACAGUGAGGUUUUGCGGCUGAUGGUAGAGGCCUCCGAUAAAGAGACUCUUCCCUUUCUUUGCUGGGGCGACUUCCUAAAUGUCAUACGUUGUGACAAUGGAGAAAGGUCCCUUUCACCGUCGUACGAGUAUGUUGAACUUGGUACAAAUGAGGUAAUUGGCACUGUUGAUUGGCUUGCUGACAUAUUUGCAAAGAUUAGCCAAGCUAGAUAUCAUUCAAACUCGAAGCUUUACACAGCCUGGAGGCUUUAUAUCCCAUAUGUUGCCCGAUUCUUGAAGUUCUUGUUUACUAAACUGAUAGUUCACUACGAUUCUUGUGGAUUCCCAUCCACUAUUGCCAAAGAGAGGUUUUUAAGCAAAACAUGGAAUCAGAUUUUCGCUGUUUAUCGACCAUGGAUUGUUCCACAUAAGGCUGACAAAUCAUGGCCUGUGCUUUUUGUCGAGGAUAGUAUUCUUCUUGUGCAAUCUUUCACAGAAUCUUGUCGGCUAAUAGCUGAUUUCACAGCCUUCAACUCUGAUUAUAACAUCGGCCUAAACAUGGUGUGGGCUUUCUACUGUGCCGAAAUUGCCUCGGCUCUGAAUCAGGAAAACUCACUACAAAUAUACCAUAGUCUUUUUGCCACCUUGCCAUGGCAAUCAUUUUACCCAUCGCUUCAAGACCUUGAACGCAUGCUUGAGCUUUAUUACGUCAAUGUCCCGGCAUUCCACUUUCUUGGUACAAUUCUGUGCGAUCUGGACUGGACUCUUUUGAUAAGCAAAUACGAACAGCUCGGGUAUUCAGAUCGUUUAAUCAAUUACCUUAAUGCUGUACUGAGGACAUUCGUGACAUUGUCAACAAUCAAACCAUUCAUGGCCCAGGCACGAUCAAAGUUUGAGAACAUAGCAAAUGCCUUUUUAUCUUUUCCAUUGAAAUAUCUCAGCGUUGAUAAUGUCGAAAAUGCAUGUGGCUGGUUUGGUGAAAACUGCGACCCAGCCGCCGUUCUUGAAGACGAAGUUUACAAAAACACAACAAUAAAAAUCCUGAAGGCAAUUUGUUAUUUUGCUGAUGCCAAAAUCGAUAGCGAAGAAGGAUGCUAUUUAGAUGCUCAUACAAUCAUAAAACAGAAUAUCUUUGUACAGACCCUCGUGAAAAUAAUACUACGUGCUACAAGUUUAAAAGAUUUUGUGCCAACAAAGAUGGACAGUUUAAUAUCCACCUUUCUGGCAGACAUAGAGCGCUGGGGAUUAAGUCAAUCGCAAAAUGGUCUGACGCAUUUGUAUUGCUCGCUCUUGGCACUGCUUAACUCUAUCGGGACAUCCUCAGUACUUAAAUCUAUUGAAUCUCAAAUAUUUAGCUUUUUGGUAAACACGAAUAGUGAUGUGGCAAUAAUAAGCAUGCUGUCAGCUGGAUACCGUGUUAUAGCCAGCUUGGACCAGCUAGUGGAGCUUUCCGAAAUUACAAUAGAAAACUUUUUCAAUAAACAGGCUGAUGAGGAUUUAGAUCAAGCAUGGACGAGAAUUUUGAAAGUAUUGCUUGUGCCAGAGUUAAAUCAAGGCCAGUUUUUGAGAAAGGCCCUUACCAAACAAUGCUGGCUCACAGUUUAUGUCUACAACUUACAAAGGUUGUCGUUAACAAGCAAUCUCGCGGAAGAUCUCACCAUACUAACAGAACUAUUUCACUGGUGCCUUCAAUUGCCACCAUCACCGCUUUGCCCGGAAAAAACUCUCUUGAUUUGGUGGCAAAUUAUGAAAGGAGUAAAAAAUCAGAUUUUUGGGAACACCGAAGACCGUGAGUAUGGAAGCCUUGCCCGUUAUCUCCUGUCGUUUGCAAACUCUUGCCAACAAUACUGCGAAGAUAAAUCUUACGCUGGAAUACUUGGUGCGAUUGGCCUAGGCAAGAAGAGCUCCUUUCCGCCAGAAUUCCGGCUGAUAGCACGGAGCAUGCAUGUCUUUCUGUUGGCACAAAUUCCCCAUUCGGGCACAAGAUUGCGCUGUUUCCCAGAUGCGCCCGGUGAUAUUUCAGGACAAGUGGGCAUAGGGAAUCAAGAAGCCAAGGUAGCCCUGCAAAAUCUGGUUAGUCUAAAGAAGAGUAAAACAUACGCUACAUUCAAGGAAGAAAUUAACUGGUUGUCUGAUUUUAUUGCCAAUCCAAAGACUUGUUUAGCAAACGGGGAUGAAAUACUUAUUUAUACCUGUAAGAAGUUCUACUCAAAAGUAAGUUACAUAGCUGCGACGAUCAGUAAAGGGUCAGAAAAACAACCUUCUCAGAUUCCCUCGUGAUUCUGUUCGUGUUAUUUUUUAGUUACUUUUGAUCUUGAUUCUUGUGGAAAUAUGUAGUUAAAAAUUUUGUUCAUGAUAAAUUAUUAACAACACUAAAUUUUUGAGUUUCGUAAUUUAUGCCUUGUUUUGCACAAUAUUGUGUUGUGGCUUUUAUGAUAGCAAAGCAGAAAAUAGAUUGUUAUAUAACUGCCAUUGUAUCGACUAGACAUUUACAAUCGUUUGAUAAGGAUAGUUGCAGAUAAUCAAACAUAAGAUUUGCUUCAAUGGAUUUCUUGGUGAAUUCAUUUGUUUAUCCAUCCCUAGGUUUACUGCAGGUCAGUUUAGAAUCAAAGAAUCCAAAUCCAUUUUUAAGGCAAAAAGGAAGAAACAAGCGUCAAGCUAUCGUGUUUGAAUUAACUUCAUUUAUCAAUCAUUUCCUUGUUAACUCGUUAGCUACCCAAACCCUCUUAAAAAGCUACUUUUGCUAUGAUGAUACCAAGAUUCAUUUUUGACUAAGGCUUUACGGCGUGAUUCAGGAGAAGUUUCUUGGCCUGCAGCUGAAAUUAUUGAUUUGUUUUUUUCUGUAUAAACUAGAUUUCUUAAUAUAUUUUAUACGCUUAGUAUAUUCUUAAAAGUUAUAAAAGCUCUGUGAAAUUGCAUGAAGCCAGUCUUCGCAAAUUUAAAAAUAAACCUUUUCUUUUUCGACGUAUGCAAUUAUACCCUGUUGAUUUUUCUCGGUUUUUCUGUUUGAUUUUUCGCUUUUUUAAUUCUAAUUCAGAAUAUUCAACAAUACUUUUCUUCAUGCAUCGAGAAAGGAAAAACACAUUUGCGUUAGAUCGAUUUAUUAAAUGAAAAUGUAUAUGAUUAUAAAUAAUGUAUUUUUAGCAUUGCCUGGUAAAUAGUUAAAAUAUGUUUUGUGAUAAAUGCGAUUCCAAAAUGCAAAGCUUUUCUUGAA